CUGAAAUUUGUUCUUUGUGUUGUAGGUUACGAUAAAUUGAAACCUUAUGGGUUUGCAGUCCAUGGCGCAAUAUGUGGGUACAGUAGGCGCAUUCUUUGGUUGGAGGCCUUGAGAUCAAAUAAUGAUCCACAGAUUGUUGCUGAAAUUUAUUUAGAUUUUGUCAAAGAGGUUGGUGGUUGUCCACAGCAUGUGAGGACAGAUUGUGGGACUGAAAACGUUUUAAUUGCUGGUAUGCAAUGCUAUCUCCGAGCAGAUGGUUUGGGUGAAUGGGCUGGUGAGAAAUCACAUAUUUACGGAUCUUCCCCAGCAAAUCAGAGAAUAGAAGCGUGGUGGUCUUUUUUAAGGCGAAACCGAUCAGGAUGGUGGAUUGAUCUUUUUCAAGAUAUGUGCCAAACAGGCAUUUUAGAACUUGGAAAUGUUUACCAUAUGGAAUGUCUGUGGUUCUGUUAUAGCAGAAUAAUUCAACAAGAGUUGUAUAAUGUGAAAGAUCAAUGGAACAGCCAUUACAUCAGAAAAUCACAGCAUGAAACUAUUGCCGGAAUACCAGAUUUACUGUUUUUUAUUCCUGAAUAUUAUGGUGGGGAUAAUUGCCUUUGUGAGGUAUCGCACACCAAAAUACUCGAGCUGGAAACAAGUGAGCGAAAUGAUGAGAGUGAAAACAUUUAUCAGGAGUAUUUUGAAUAUGUAUGUGAAAUGAGAAGUUGGCGUUCGCCAAAAGAUGUGCAUGAAGCAUUCGAGAUGUUUCAGCAACUAGUUAACCUAAUGGAAUGA